AUGUUGCCUGUUUUUAAUGCCAGCAACGUUUCCCAGGCUGACUCCCUCGAGGACAGCGGCAACCGGACGUGGGUGACCCAGUUCACCCAGCCAGGGUGGAGAAUCGCUCUGUGGGCUAUCACCUAUUCCUUCAUCGUCGUCACAUCCAUCGCUGGCAACGCCACCAUCAUCUGGAUCAUCCUUGCACACAGGAGGAUGAGGACUGCUACCAACUACUUCAUCGUGAACCUGGCCCUUUCGGACCUGCUGAUGUCUGCUUUCAACACCGUCUUCAAUUUUAUUUACGCCAGUCACAACGUCUGGUAUUUUGGCGAGGAAUUCUGCAGGUUCCAGAACUGGUUCCCCAUCACUGCGAUGUUUGUGAGCAUUUACUCCAUGACAGCCGUGGCUGCAGAGAGGUACGUGGCCAUAAUUCACCCCUUCAAGCCCAGGCUCUCUGCUGGGAGCACCAGGGUCAUCAUUGGGAUAAUCUGGCUGGUGGCAUUUGGGCUGGCCUUCCCGCAGUGCUUCUACGCCGAGAUCCUGACGGACAACGGAGCCACGAAGUGCAUCGUGGUCUGGCCUGACGACGUCGGAGCCAAGCACCAGCUGACGUACCACAUUGCCGUGAUCGUGCUGAUUUAUUUGCUGCCUUUACUGGUGAUGUUUGUUGCAUACGGCGUUAUAGGGAUCACUCUGUGGAGCGGCGCAGUUCCAGGCAACCACCUCCACAGAGUCCGCUACGAACACCAACUCAACGCCAAAAAAAAGUUUGUGAAGACCAUGGUGGUAGUGGUGAUCAUUUUUGCUGUCUGCUGGCUGCCCUAUCACAUCUACUUCAUCCUGGGGAGCUUUAAGGAAGACAUCUACCAGCAGAAGUACAUUCAGCAGGUGUAUCUCGCAGUCUUCCUCCUUGCCAUGAGCUCUUCCAUGUACAACCCCAUCAUAUACUGCUGCCUUAACCAGAGGUUUCGUUCUGGUUUCAAGCUGGCCUUCCGGUGGUGUCCGUGCAUAAAAGCAACCGAGAAAGACAAACUUAAACUCAGGUCCCCCUCUCUUUACCAGACAACCCUCAGGAAGUCGAGAACAAGAAGUUUCAACACAGAAACUCAGCUGAAUGAGAAAGAGGAGAUACCAUUUACCCUCACCCGACUAAAGCUCUGA